AUGGGUAUUUGUGAUUUGUGUCUUGCCAUUCCUGCAGAGCCGUUUCUCAAUAGAGGUAUUGAGGAGUUUUCACAUGUUCAUCAUCUUUCAGUGAAAGGUCUCGAGAUAUCCGCAACAAACUGUCACAUAUGUGCCUUAUUCCAUAGUGCUAUUGCUUCCGCUCCAUCUCGUAACGAAGGGCAGAAGACUUAUUUGAAGAUCGACCGAAAGCAAGGGGCUUCUACCCCUCUUAGAAAUCCUAUUUCCUACCAAGUGGGAAGGGAUGGGCAGUCGUAUCUAUUUGAUGUAGAAACUACGGGAUUUCGGCCUCGUCGGCUCAUUAAUGUUGGAAGGUAUGGCACACCACCUCGACUAGUGGAGACGCAGCAAAACAAUGAUCGUUAUACAAAGUACCUUGCGUUGACACAUUGUUGGGGAAAGGAAAUGCCAGAGGCUGCAACAACAAAAACCAGAACACUCGAGCGGCGCUUGCUCUCCAUCCCUUUCAGGACGCUACCUCGAACAUUUCGCGAUGCGAUCACUAUUACCAGACGUCUCGGACUACAAUAUCUAUGGAUUGAUUCUUUGUGCAUUGUUCAAAACUCUUUGCAGGAUUGGCAACAAGAAUCAGCUAAGAUGGGGAAAAUCUAUUCCCAUGCAUACUGCACGAUCGCAGCAGCGGCAGCAACCAACUGUGAAGGGGGCCUCUUUGCACUACAUAGCGAGCUACCAUUGCUUCCUCAAGCUCCUAAUCAACCUGGAAUACUUUUCAAGACUCCUUACCCCGGAUGGGACAAUCUUUAUAACAAAAGUACACUGAUUCAAAGAAGCUGGACCCUACAGGAGCGUGAACUUUCGCCCAGAAUUUUACACUUCACUAAACACACUUUGCUUUUUGAGUGCCGAGAGGCUCGAAUAUCCGAUCAUAACCAUGGAUUGAAUAGCAAUAAAUGGGCUUUAAAAUCUAGUUUAUCACGUUAUGUCUUGAACUCGAGUGUAAGGUGUCUUGACAAGAUUCACGAGGGUAGUCCGCACCACGAUAUGAUGACUGAAAAGUAUCAUGAACUGUGGCGAAAGAUGGUGCAGGAUUAUAACAACCGUAGACUUACGCAUCGUUCCGAUAAAUUCCCGGCGCUUUCUGGUCUUGCUCUCGAAUUUGCUUACCUCUUGAAUGAUGAAUAUGUAGCCGGUCUAUGGAAAAAGGACCUUGUCAGAGGCUUAUGUUGGAAGUGGUUGUCAAAUCGUGCGAGGCAACAAAGUACGCAUAAUUAUGGACCUUCAUGGUCUUGGGCCAAGAUGAACGUCCCGAUAACAUACGGCCUUCUAAGAGAAGACCGGGUCUUCGAAUCGAGGGUCAACAGAGGACAAUUUGUUCAUGUACCAGUAGAUUCACGAAUUAGCGAUCCGGAAAUUUUACACAUUAGUAUCGUUCCUGAAGGGCAAGAUCCUCGUGGCACUCUUAUCUCAGGGAGAAUAUAUCUUCGCGGACAAUUGCUCCAAUUACAACGGUCUAAAACUGGUGACUAUUCUAUAGAUGUCGAAUCAUUACCAAUUAUAUUUGAUCAUUUACCUCAACCACCGGUAGACCUUUACCUGAUGAGCUUAGGGAGAACAAAUGUAGGGCUAGUUCUACAGGUAUUUGAACAAAGUAGCAAGGAAUACAAUCGAGUAGGAGUAAUUGCUCCUACGGAAUGGGAAUGGUUUAAAGAUAUCAAAUUCGAAAAUAUAACACUUGUCUAA